GGGAGGGGAGAGUCGCGCACGGAAGUCGGGAAGGAGCGCCGGGCGGCUUCGCAGCCACACUCGGGUUCCCACCGGCGCUGGGACUGCCGGUCCCUCCGACCCCUCCGAGCGCGGCGCCCAGCACCGCCACCAGCGUGCGGUCACUGAGUCCAGCCCACCCUCGAGGGGGCGGAGUCUGCACCAUCCUCCGGAGGCAGUAGCAUAGGAUGUGUGAGGGAGAAGAGAGCCUCCGGAUCCUGGUGGGGACCGAAGGGGACAGCCCCCUGCAGAUGGACAUCAAUACCACUGAGACUGAGGCCUCCGAGCCAUGGGACUAUGUCGUUGUGGCUGAUCACUGCACCCAGAGAAACCCCAGGCAGGUCCAGCGGCAGCAGCAGUUCCUGGAAGAGCUCCAGAGGAAGGGCUUCUGCUACAGGGCGAGGGAGGACCAGGCGAAGGUGUUCUUUGGGAUCCGAGCUGACAACCGGGUCUUUGACCGGUACCGCAGACUUCUCAUGGAGCCCGAGGCUACCGCCCCCAGAGGGAAGCUGGCCAGGCCAACUUCCAUCCCAGCCACCACCAGAAUCCAAAUUGUCAACUUUGUGCUGAACAGCAAGAUGGCAGCUGGUGACACGCUCCAGGAUUUGGUGAAGGAUGGGGUCUUUGAGGCCGUGUUUCCCCUACACAAGGGGGAGGAAGACCUAAAGAAGAAAUGGGCCUGGUGGAGAAACAUGUUCCAAGAGCAGCCAAUUGGUGACAUCAGGAACUACUUCGGUGAGAAGGUGGCGCUGUACUUCGCCUGGCUCGGCUGGUACACCUACAUGCUGGUGCCCGCCGCGGUGGUGGGCCUCAUCGUCUUCCUGAGCGGGUUUGCCCAUUUCGAAGCCAGCCAGAUCAGCAGGGAGAUCUGUGAUGCCCACGACGUCUACAUGUGCCCUCGCGGCGACCACAGCCCCAGGUACCAGCGGCUCUCAGAAACCUGCGCCUUCGCCAAGCUCACCCACCUCUUCGACAACGAGGGCACCGUGCUGUUCGCCGUGUUCACGGCGCUGUGGGCCACCGUGUUCCUGGAGUUGUGGAAGCGGGAGCGAGUCCGUGUGGUCCUGCAAUGGGACCUGUACGGGUGGGACGAGGACCAGGAGGAAAUGGUGCUGGGGCUCAUUGCCUGCCCUGACUACCAGCCCCGCUACGCGCGGAGUACCGUCAUCCUCCUGCUGUCUCUGUUGAUGAUCUGCCUGAUGAUAGGCAUGGCCCACGUCCUGGUGAUCUGCCGCGUCCUGGUCGCUGCCCUUUUCAGCUCCGCUUUGCCCUUCCUGGGAGAGCAGGUGACCACGGCCGUGGUGGUGACCGGGGCCCUGGUUCACUAUGUGAGCAUCCUCGUCAUGACCAAGAUCAACAAAUAUGUGGCACUGAAGCUUUGUGACUUUGAGAAGCCCAGGACCUUCUCAGAGCGAGAGAGCAAGUUCACCAUCAAGUUCUUCACUCUGUAGUUCUUUGCUCACUUCUCCUCCCUUAUCUACAUCGCCUUCAUCCUGGGCAGGAUCAACGGUAACCCCAGGAAGUUGGUGCGCCUGGCAGGGCUGUGGAAGCUGGAGGUGUGCCAUCUCAGCAGCUGCAUGACGGACCUGUUCGUGCAGGUGGCCAUCAUCAUGGGUCUGAAACAAACGCUCAGCAACUGCAUGGAGUACCUGGGCCCAUGCCUGGCCCACAAGUGUCGCUCGAUGCGAGCCACGUCCCAGGACCCCGAGCUGAGGCACUGGCGGCGCAACUACCGCCUGAACCCGGUCAACACCUUCAGCCUGUUCGAGGAGUUCAUGGAGAUGAGGAUCCAGUAGGGCUUCACCACCGUCUUCGUGGCCGCCUUCCCACUUGCCCUGCUGCUGGCGCUCUUCAGCAACCUCGUGGAGAUCCGCCUGGACGCCAUCAAGAUGGUCCAGGUGCAGCGGCGCCUGGUGCCCCGCAAGGCCAAGGACAUCGGGACCUGGCUGCAGGUGCUGGCGAUAAUCGGCGUGCUGGCCGUCACUGCCGACGGGAUGGUCAUCGCCUUCACAUCUGAGUUCAUCCCCCGAGUGGUGUACAAGUACCGCUAUGGCCCGUGCCGACAGGGGGCCCACCCUGCAGUCGACUGCCUCCCGGGCUACGUCAACCACAGCCUGUCCGUGUUCUACACCAAGGACUCCCAGAAUCCUGUUGAAAUAGAGGGCUCAGAGAAUGUGACUGAGUGCAGGUACUGGGACUGUGGCACCGCUCAGAACUCCAACUUCACUGAGCAGCCCUGGUUCCUCCUGGCCGUCCGUCUGACCUUCCUCAUCCUCUUCGAGCACGUGGCCUCAUGCGUCAAGCUCAUUGCUGGCUGGUUUGUGCCUGAUGUGCCUCAGUGGGUGAAGAAUGAAGUCCUGAAGAGGAAGCACCAGAGACUUGGGGAGGCGGGGCUGCCGGGGCCUGGCCCCCAGUCCCGAAGUGCCAGAGACUCCGGCCGAGAGCACAGACAGGGAGCAGGCCCGGAGCCGGUCAGGAGGCCAGGUUGCAGAGCUGCUGCCACCGCUGCCCACCCCAGCCCUGGCUGUGUGUGUGGGCGGGCUUUAAUUAGACCCGCGUAUAUGUGGGGGUCCUGGGAGCCCCUGUAUGUUUGGGGUGUCUGUGAGCUGCACACCUGUCCAUGGUCUGGGAGGCCUGUUCCACCUGUGAGGGCUCAGGCUUGGUACUGCCUGACUUGAACUCUGAGUGACCCCUGCCACCCAGAGAACUGGGGCGGGGUUGGGGCGGGAACAGUGCAGGCCUGUCCUGUCUUCUCACGCCGUCUCGACAGGAAAACUGGCCCAGUUUCCUGGGCCCCAGAUCCUGCCCCACCCCACUGGCUCCCCUCAACCAGCAGAGUUUUCUCUAAUAAAAUAAAACUGCUUUGUGUUAA